AAGUCCGCAGUGGACACGGGGGACAUAUUUAGCGGUUGCACCGCAACAUCGCCGGUACUUUUUUUAAUGGUACACCAGCGCCAUUUCCGGCCUCUUUCGAAUCAGCUCUGAGGAAAGAUGACGAAGGGUACGUCGUCUUUCGGUAAGCGUCGCAAUAAGACGCACACUCUGUGCCGCCGAUGUGGAUCUAAAGCAUAUCACCUGCAGAAGUCCACCUGCGGAAAGUGCGGUUACCCUGCCAAGCGCAAGAGAAAGUACAACUGGAGCGCAAAGGCCAAGAGACGGAGCACCACGGGAACCGGACGCAUGAGACACAUGAAGGUUGUGUUCCGUCGGUUCAGAAACGGAUUCCGUGAGGGAACAGUGCCCAAGCCCCGUCGGGCAGCAGUGGCUGCAUCCAGCUCCUCAUAAACUGUGUUUCCAAUAAAAGUGAUGUUUGAAAAGUC